AUGGGUUGGUUCUGGGGAAAUAACAACAAUGAUCCUGUCCAGAAGCUCGAUCCGGGUCUCCGUGAAUAUCUCGAACAGGAAAAGCCCGACAAAUAUGUACCUGGCCCCGAUGUGAAGACGCCCUCGACGCCCGCGCAAUCACCUGAAUCUGAAUCCUCCGAGCCCUCGAAACCUAAAGUUCCUGCGGCAUCACUCUACCAAGAUGGCCGUUAUGCUGAUCUGUGGAAAACCUACAAGCCGCUAAUGGAGACCGAUGAGAGUUCCGGAGUCCGCGGGGCCUCGCGAGUGAUCGAAAAGCACAAGGAGCGCGGCGAUACGGUGCAGCGGGCAGCAAUGGAAAACUGUGCCUUGGAACAUGAAGCUCUCACAUAUUGCUUCAAGACCGGCAAUUGGCGCAAGCAAAUUGAAGCCCGGCUGACCAUGUGCUCAGCGGAGAAUGCUACCUUUUCGCGAUGCUUCAUGACCCAAACUAAAUUUCUCCAAGCUCUUGGUUACGCAGCUAGCUUCGAAUAUGACGCCGAAAAAGAGGAGCGCAUCCAGAUGCAGGGCGACAAGCUCUAUCACCAGAUGCUAGACUAUGAAAAGCGAGUCGAGGAUGCGAAGGCUGCUGGAAUUGAGCCACCGCCUCUCACAUCACUCUUCAACCCAGAGAAGCAGUCACAACCUCCGACCCGAGGCCUUGAGAUUCCAGGAGGAGAGGCCAUCCCGGAAGGGCUGAAACCAUCCAAGCCUCUACAAAAGCUCACACCACAUGAACGGGAGCUGGAGAUUCGGGCACACUAUGCGCAAAUCGAGCAGCAAAAACUUUAUGUGGAGGAGGCUGGGCCCUUCAUGAAGUCCCACAGCGAUGCUCGGCAGAAGCGACAGGAGAAAGCUGUCAGCUGGUUUGGAGAAACUAUCGGCAAGUGGGUGUCGUAG